GAGAAGAGGAGAGGCAUUGACUGGAAGCAUACACAUGGAAGAGAAGAAAACGGCUAUUUCAUGUGCUCAGCUUGCAUGACUGAAGAGUGCGGCUGUCUGACUGGAUUGUUAGUCACCUGCUGCCCCACAACUAGAGGACAUACAAAAAACACACAGGCAGGCUGGGAAUAUAGGGCUGUGUGCAGAGGAUGAACAGACGAUGUGGGCUCGCUGGCUGUGAUCGCUGUCCUCAGACCCCAUAGCCACUUCCACUGGUGCUGUUGCAGGCCGUUAGCCUUGCAGUUAGACAGCAACAGUCAUAAAUACAGAAUGAGCUCCAAGCACUCCUCCGACUGGAUUCCCUACAGCACUUUAGAUGAUGAGGGCACCAACCUCCGCCAGCAGAAACUGGACAGACAGCGAGCGCUCCUUGAACAGAAGCAGAAGAAGAAGCGGCAAGAGCCUCUGAUGGUCCAGUCUAAUGUGGAUGGGAGAUCACGGACCCGUCGGACCAAACAAAGCGAGGAACAGGCUCCGCUGGUGGAAUCCUACCUCAGCAGCAACAGCAGCACCAUCUACCAUGUGCAAGAAGCUGAACAGGAAGAAGUGAAGGUGAUGUCGGACCCACAGCCGCCACGCUCAGCCAAAAAGGGGAAAGCAUCAGCCAGUUCCACGCCACAGACAGGCAGCGAAAAGAAGGAGAGAAAGGGGAAACACAAAGCGAUCGAUGGCCUGGCUUCCCAGCAGGAUGAUGGUCAGAUCCAGAUCCUGACAGUGGGUCACUCCACCACAGAGGAGGCCGAGGCAGAGCCUGUUAUGAGCUGCACUCAAUCACAGAGUAAACAGGAUCUCCGUGUGACCAUGCUCAAAAAAGGUAUAUCAAGCAGUAUGAAUUUUGAUGAAGAAGAGGAUGAUGACGACGAAAUUAGCUCCAGCUCCUCACAGCUCAACAGCAACACAAGACCAGGCUCCGCCACUAGCAAAAAGUCAUGCAAGGAAGUGGCCUCAGCACCCACUCCACCAGUCAGUGAUCCUGCCAUCGAUGUUGAUGACCUUGAGGAGUUUUCUCUGCGACCUGCACCCCAGGGGGUCAGAGUGAAAUGCAGAAUCACCAGGGACAAAAAGGGGAUGGACAGAGGCAUGUAUCCGACCUACUACCUUCACUUGGAGAGAGAAGACGGCAAGAAGGUGUUCCUGUUAGCUGGGAGAAAGAGGAAAAAGAGUAAAACAUCAAAUUACCUCAUUUCCAUUGAUCCAACUGAUCUGUCUCGAGGUGGAGAGAGUUUCAUUGGCAAACUGAGAUCAAACCUCAUGGGAACCAAGUUCACUGUAUAUGACAACGGUCUGAACCCUAUGAAGAGCACCACCAGCCUCGAAGCUAGCAACCUGCGUCAAGAGCUAGCAGCCAUUUGCUAUGAAACCAAUGUUUUAGGAUUCAAAGGACCUCGAAAAAUGAGUGUCAUCAUUCCUGGAAUGAACAUGGACCAUGAGAGAGUGUCUAUUCGCCCACGAAAUGAUCAUGAGUCACUGCUGGCCAGGUGGCAGAACAAGAACACAGAAAGCGUGAUUGAACUUCACAACAAGACGCCUGUGUGGAACGAUGACACACAGUCCUACGUGCUCAACUUCCACGGCAGAGUCACUCAGGCUUCCGUUAAGAAUUUUCAAAUUAUUCACGACAAUGACCCUGACUACAUUGUGAUGCAGUUUGGCCGCGUGGCAGAAGAUGUGUUCACCAUGGACUAUAACUACCCAAUGUGUGCCCUGCAAGCCUUUGCCAUUGCCCUUUCCAGCUUUGAUAGCAAGUUAGCCUGUGAAUAGACCCCAGCCUGAAGUUCAGUGGAGAACUCCUCCUGUCCUCUCAACAAGGGCUGCUCAUGUAUCACUGGGGCUGAUUUGAGAUCUCCAAAUCACCCGGUUCCUUGGAAGUCCCACAUAUCCUGAAUUGCUUUAUGGGACUUAAAUUAUGUGUA